AUGACGUCCGCUCAGCAAGACCGCGAUUCGGUGAGCGGCGACACGGCGGUUUCAAAAGAACAAGCGGAAAACUCCCCCACCCACACACCUUUCCCCGAAAGCCAACAGCAAACGCUUGAGCACAACCAAGAUGCACACACAUCCCAGGAAGCAGAUACUUUCGGGAAAAAUAAUGAAGACGAUAUCAUCGAGAAGCAAUCCUCUCGGCCGCCGCUGGAGCGCACUACCUCGCAAGCAGCCAAGAUGGGCAAGAAAAAGAUUAUCGUCGUCAUGACGGCGCUGUGUCUGGCGCUCUUCCUGGCUGCGCUCGAUAUGACGAUCAUUUCAACGGCUCUCCCGACAAUUGCUGCAGACUUUGGCGCCUCGGAAAGUGGUUUCUCGUGGAUUGCAUCGUCGUACUUGCUGGCAAAUGCGGCCUGUAUUCCACUUUGGGGGAAGCUCAGUGAUAUUUGGGGUCGGAAGCCGAUGAUCCUCUUUGCCAAUAUCUGGUUCCUGGUCGGUAGUUUGAUAUGCGCCUUGGCAAAGAACUUGGCGAUGAUUCUGGCAGGUCGGGCCAUUCAAGGUGUUGGAGGCGGAGGUAUCAUUAUUAUGGCAAACAUCAGUGUGACUGAUCUGUUCAGUAUGAGAGAUCGUCCGAUGUAUUAUGGUAUAUUUGGAGCAACAUGGGCCAUUGCAGGGGCUCUGGGUCCGAUUAUUGGUGGCGCUUUCACCACGAGUGUGACCUGGAGAUGGUGUUUCUACCUAAACUUGCCCAUCGGUGGCUUCUCGCUGCUGAUUCUCUUUUUCUUCCUCUCGAUCGAAUCUCCCAAGACUCCUCUCUUGGCCGGAUUGCGGAGCAUCGACUGGGCAGGGACAUUCUUGAUUAUCGGGGGUACCCUCAUGUUCCUGUUCGGACUUGAAUUCGGCGGCGUCAACUAUCCCUGGAAGUCAGCGACCGUUAUUUGCCUCAUCGUCUUCGGAGUCGUUGUUUGGGCUCUUGCUAUGUUUGCCGAAUGGAAGCUGGCAAAGUACCCUAUCAUUCCACCGCGAUUGUUCAACGAGUGGUACAACGUCCUGAUUCUUAUGGUUUGCUUCUGCCACGGCUUUGUCUUCAUCGCAGGUGCCUACUACCUUCCUUUCUACUUUCAAACCGUUCUCCUGGCAUCGCCGAUUCUCAGCGGUGUCUAUACUCUGCCCAUGGUUCUUUCCCUGUCUUUCGUGUCGGCUGCGACCGGUAUCGUCAUGAAGAAGACGGGCCGCUAUCGGGAACUCAUUAUCGGUGGACUCUUCUUCAUGACUUUAGGCUUUGGUCUCUUUAUUGACCUCAAGCCCUACGCCUCGUGGCCACGAAUUAUCAUUUUCCAACUCAUCGCCGGUGUCGGUGUUGGCCCCAAUUUCCAGGCCCCCCUUGUGGCUUUCCAGGCCAACAUUCGACCGGCAGAUAUGGCCACCGCGACUGCAACCUUUGGCUUUGUCCGCCAACUGUCGACAUCCAUGUCUGUCGUGCUUGGCACGGUUAUCUACCAGAACGUUAUUAGCGGACAAUCUGACAAGAUUGUCGCGGCUAUCGGUCCCGAACGCGCGGCCGCAAUUUCCGCCUCAUUCGCCGGAGCCUCCAAAGAACUCAUUCAAAGCCUGAACGAGUCGCAGCGCAAAGUCGUUCUUGACUCUUUCACUUUUGCACUGAGCCGCAUGUGGAUCUUCUACACGGCCGUUGCGGGCCUCGGAUUCGUCCUUUCGUUAUUCAUCGUUCCACGUGAACUGUCCAAGACGCAUACCAUUCGCAAGACUGGUCUUGAGGAGCAAGAACGAGCGCGUCAGGAGCUAAUUGAUUCCAAGCGCAAAUCCGACGGAAAGCCUGAAACCGAGGCUUAA